AUGAGUGUGUUAGUGAAUCCAAAUGUAGUUGACUUCAAGAUGGAUUUGCAACAGAACAAUAAUAAUAAUCAGGUCAGUGAUGCAGGGGAUGAAACUAUGGUCGACGUUGCGGUUGCAUCGCAUAACAAUAACAGAGAUGUAGGAAUUGUUGUUGAUGAGCUCAAAACAGGAGAUCUUGGUUUCAGUGGUGAUCUUGAUCUUGAGCCAAGAAACGGUAUUAACUUCGACACACACGAGGCAGCGUAUUUGUUUUAUCAAGAGUACGCGAAGUCGAUGGGCUUCACUACCUCGAUCAAGAACAGCAGACGGUCCAAGAAGACGAAAGAUUUCAUCGAUGCCAAGUUUGCUUGCUCUAGAUACGGUGUGACUCCUGAGUCAGAGAACGGUAGUGGUAGUAGUACUCGAAGGUCGAGUGUGAAGAAAACAGAUUGCAAGGCGAGUAUGCAUGUUAAGAGAAGGCCUGAUGGGAAGUGGAUCAUUCAUGAGUUUGUCAAAGACCACAAUCACGAGCUUCUUCCUGCUCUUGCUUACCAUUUUCGGAUACAGAGGAAUGUCAAGUUAGCUGAGAAGAACAAUAUCGAUAUCUUGCAUGCGGUUAGUGAACGGACUAGGAAAAUGUAUGUUGAGAUGUCGAGACAGUCUGGUGGAUAUAAGAACUCCGGGCUUGUUCUUCAGAGCGAUGUCAAUAGUCAGGUUGAUAAAGGUCGGUAUUUGGCUUUGGAAGAAGGAGAUUCUCAAGUGCUGCUUGAGUAUUUUAAGCGUAUCAAGAAGGAGAAUCCCAAAUUCUUUUACGCGGUAGACUUAAACGAGGAGCAACGGUUGAGGAAUCUGUUUUGGGCUGAUGCUAAGAGCAGAGAUGAUUACAUGAGUUUCAAUGAUGUCGUCUCCUUUGAUUCUACUUAUGUCAAGUUUAAUGAUAAGUUGCCAUUAGCUUUGUUUAUUGGGGUGAAUCAUCACUCCCAACCUAUGUUGCUUGGCUGUGCAUUGGUUGCUGAUGAGUCUAAGGAGACGUUUGUGUGGCUGAUAAAGACUUGGCUUCGUGCAAUGAGUGGUCGAGCUCCUAAAGUUUUACUCACUGAUCAAGAUAAACUCUUGAUGGCCGCGGUUUCAGAGCUGUUGCCAAACACUCGUCAUUGCUUUGCGUCGUGGCAUGUGUUGGAGAAGAUACCUGAGUAUUUCUCCCAAGUGAUGAAACGGCAUGAGAAUUUCUUGCGGAAGUUCAACAAGUGCAUCUUCAGGUCUUGGACGAGUGAGCAGUUUGAUAUGAGGUGGUGGAAAAUGGUGGGUCAGUUUGGACUUGAGGAUGAUGAAUGGCUGCUUUGGCUGCAUGAACAUCGCCAAAGGUGGGUGCCGACUUUCAUGAGUGACGUGUUUCUAGCUGGAAUGUCGACAUCUCCUCGUUCAGAGAGUGUGAACUCUUUCUUCGAUAAGUACAUCCACAAGAAGAUCACGCUGAAGGAGUUCUUGAGAACUUACGGUGUGAUUCUGCAGAACAGAUACGAAGAGGAGUCUGUUGCAGAUUUCGAUACUUGCCACAAGCAACCUGCGUUGAAGUCUCCUUCGCCGUGGGAGAAGCAAAUGGCAACAACGUACACACACACGAUAUUCAAGAAGUUUCAAGUCGAGGUGUUGGGGGUUGUGGCUUGCCAUCCUAGAAAGGAGAAAGAAGAUGAAAACAUGGUGACGUUUAGAGUUCAAGACUGCGAGAAAGACGACGAGUUUCUUGUUACAUGGAGCAAAACGAAGUCAGAGCUUUGCUGUUUCUGCCGUAUGUUUGAGUACAAAGGGUUCCUCUGUCGACAUGCUUUGAUGAUUCUUCAGAUAUGUGGUUUCGCCAGCAUCCCGCCUCGGUAUAUUUUGAAAAGGUGGACAAAAGAUGCUAAAAGUGGAGUAUUGGUUGGUGAAGGAGCUAACCAGAUACAGACUAGAGUUCAGCGUUAUAACGAUUUGUGUAGUCGAGCCAUUGAGUUGAGUGAGGAAGGUUGUGUGUCAGAAGAAAACUACAACAUCGUGUUGCGGACAUUAGUUGAAACACUGAAGAAUUGUGUCGAUCUGAAUAACUCCAGAAGCAACAUCGCCGAGUCUAAGAGCCAGCUUAGCAAUGGUGCUCACGAAGAAGAGAAUCAGGCAAUGGCUGGCGUAAAAGCAACAAAAAAGAAGACCGUUGUUAGGAAAAGAAAGGGACAACAAGAGGCUGGCCAAAUGCUUGAAUCUCAACAGAGCUUGCAACCAAUGGAAAAUAUAAGUUCAGAGGGAAUGAGCAUCAGUGGUUACUAUGGUCCUCAACAGAACGUUCAAGGAUUGUUAAAUUUAAUGGAGCCACCUCAUGAAGGCUACUAUGUAAAUCAACGAACCAUCCAAGGCCUGGGACAACUGAAUUCAAUAGCACCAGUGCAGGAUAGCUUCUUCACGAAUCAGCAAGCCAUGCCCGGGCUGGGACAAAUCGAUUUCAGGCCUCCUCCAAAUUUUACUUACAAUUUACAGGAUGAGCAUUUGAGAUCUGGACAAAUGCCUGGUAGUUCCUCAAGACAGCUAUAG